AUGCUGCCCAUGCCCACCGACCGGUCGCUGACAAUUCCUUGGCAUAUUCCUCUUCGAGAAAACGUCUUCAUGCAGAUCCGGAGCCAAGAUGCUUUGGAUUCAGAGCGUGCGGUAAGAACCUUGAACACAAGAGCCAUGCCAGAAGGGAUGAGCCAUGCCAGCUUCAAAGUGAUCUCUGCGACUUUCGAUGAUCCAGACUUCACCUUCUUUGCCUCUCGGGAGUUCUUCCUGUCCCGCCAGGCUGACUGCGUAGAGAAGCUGCACCCAAAAACACAGAGAGCUCCCACCUUAGUCAAGGACAAGCGUUACCAACAUGAUCAACGCUUCAGGGUGAAGCAGAUCACCGCUGGUUUGGCAGCAGUCGCCAAGCAGCAGACACAAUUUGGCAAGGCGCUGCUGGAGCAGUUUGACAAGUCGAACUGGACAGAGCUCCCAGCAAUCGAGCUGCAUAUGUACCCCAAGUAUCCGCGGUAUGCGAAGUCUCAGUGGCAGGUGCUCUUGGUGCCGAAGGCGCCUGAGCUUUUUGGCGCGACCGUACAUUUGUGUCAGCCGCAGCCAAAGAGAUGCGUUGCCAAAGUGACCUUUGAGCCUUUGCCCAUGCGGCUGAGGAGGUUCUGGGGUGGAUCGGACCCAGACGACCCACUGCGAUCGGCACCGCACCGAUUGCUUUUCGUUCUGGAGAUCUUCCUGCUGCUCGUCCUUGGCAUCGCCAGCUGCGCCACAGCUCUGUAUUUCGUGACGUACGCGUCUCUUGCCAUCUGGCGUGGGAACUGUGAGAACGACGAAGGCGGCCACAGCGCACAGUUACAGAGUCGCUCACAGAUCGUGGAGCAGCUUUUGCACGAGAAGUUGCCCAAAUCCUACAAGCUGCGUCGCCAUGCUGAGGUCUUGCAAGAUAUUCAGCACGAUGACAUGGCUGUUGAUGUCUUGGAUGCCGGGCAGGAGGUAUUGGUGCUUGAGGUACAGCGUUAUGAGGGCCGAAAACGCGGCUUCCUGGAAGGCCUCUGGGACAGCGGCCCUGCAACUCCCGAAGUGUGGGGUCGCCUGGACGAUCCGAAAGGGCCCAAAGGAUGGAUCCUGCUUUCUGAAGACUCGAGAGGAGUUAUGGGGGUCCUUGGUGACCGAGCCCCCUACCGUGCCAAUCCAAAGCUGAUGGUCCCUAUGUUCAUUUUUGUGCGCAGGCAGCUGGUUCUUGCAACGAGCCACGCCUCAGCACAGUGGCUUCUCCUGCAGAGCUACGUCGGCCUCAUGCCCUUGGCCAUCCUGCUGUUCAUCGCCGCCAGCCUCACAGCCAUGCAUGUGCGGGUGCUGACGCAAGCACUGUCAACGCAGAAGUGGGGCAUUUGCUGCGAUCAAAUGUUGGAGAAGCACAGGCAGCGCCUCCGACCUGACAAGAGCAACGCCGCGCUGCACUUUGUUGUUUGCGUUGUGCUGGUGGUGGUGGCCAUGGUCUUGGGAGUCUUGGGUGUCAUCCUGGCAGAGCCAUCAGCUUCAGGGUCAUCAGCUUCAGGGUCAUCAGCUUCAGGGUCAUCAGCUUCAAGGUCAUCAGCUUCAGGGUCAUCAGCUUCAUUUGCUUGGGCGCUUUAUUUCGCCAUGCUGGUGGCUGUCUCCUUGCACGCGUAUGACUUGAGGGCUUCCCUCCGAGCUCUCAGCACAUGGAGAGAGCCAGCGCUGGCUUGCGAGUUCACGGAGUAUCCACACGAAAAGCUGCCCCCCUCAAACAUCCCGUUCGCGACCUUGACGAGAGAAAGGGAGCUUCAGUACCUUGCGGCCGGCCUCAUGACAUGUCUGAUAUGCGCAGUGGGCCUAAGCGUCCUGGCUCUCAUAUGCCUGGACGCUGUGCAGGUUCGCGGCAGCUUGGUCGAGUACUCUUUCAGCAAGGGACAUCUUGUGUAUUUGGGAAACACCAUAGCUCUGCACAACACCCUUUUGCUGCAUGACGGCACCGACUCCAUGGACUUCUCCUUCGAAGCAGGAGAAGGCACAAAAUGGAUCCAGGCCUAUCUUGAACAUCCGCAGCUGGAAGCAAACGACAGUGCUGCGCUCGACUUCUACCAGGCCCAUCGAGUGCGCGCAGAAGCUGGAGGUAGAAGCUUCCUAGCCGGGGCGUUUACGGCAGAUCUGCCAGCCGGGCCCUUGUACAGCAGGAUAGUGCUGCGAGCGGCGGACAGUGUUUCUUGGUUCAAUUCCACUGACUCGAACCCGACCGAAUACAUCUUUCACAUAAUUCGCGUGGGAGAGGCCCUCUCACUUACGCUAGAUGGCGAGGUUUCCUCAAAUAGGAUGGGCAGGCCUGUCCACUUCUCGGAGCGUCGUCGAUGGCUCUACCAGGAGAAGCAUCCUGACUGGUACAUUCCAGCCCUGGAUGAGCAUUUUCAUGCCAGACUGGAGGUACAGCUUCAGCCUAUUUGUUUUGCACCCCUUCAGAACGCUCAGAGGGCCGCAAAGCUGACAGCAUCCCACGCAUCUCUCGUCCAGUAUGCCAAAACAUGCCGCAACCAUUGUGGCGAGGAAACUGCCGGUGUCGGCACACAGUGCCUGGCAGAACUGCAGGUUCAACCCGGACCGAAUGGCAACUCGGCCAUGUGCCUCUUCCUGCGCAACACGAGCGACGAGCUCCACCUUGACACUACCAAGGGAGUCGUGUCUGAAGAGUCUGAAGACUCGGGCUUGCUGCAGUGGCUGCAAGACACCGGCAGGACAUGCGCAAGGCUUCGGACCAAUCCGCUCCAUGAUUUCGAAUACCUAAGCCCAGUCGAGCGGUCUCUGUCCAGCCGGAUCUCAACCACCUUCAACAUUUCGCUGCCUGCAAAAGAGAUGUUGCAGAGCACUGAGCUGCUGAUCGCUCCAGCUGAUGCUGAGAUUCGGGCUGUGCCACUCCGGAUCGUUCCGCAUGCACCGCGCUUCGAGUUGAGCAGCGGCGUGGGCUUCUUCCUGCCACCUUAUGCCGUGGACAGCAGUACGAGAGAAUACGCAGCCUGCUUCCUGCCUGACCUGGAUUCUGUUAAGGCCUUACCGCUGGAUUCGCGAUUUCACAUAGAGACACAGGAAGUUGAGAUAGGCAAGGAUUGCCUUGGCCACCGAGUGUUCCAGAAACGCUUCUGGGCUGUACACAGCAAGCAACGCGACUACUAUUAUCAGCCCUGGAAUGGGCUCUAUGAUGUCCUCGUGCAUCUUUCACCCGAGCGAUGCCUAACGGAAGCGGUCGACUUGAACAACCUCACGGCCUUGCGUAUGAUGAAUGACAAGUGGGUUUUCAACGCGGGCAAGAAGCAGAGCUGUGGCGUUGUGCAGAUGGCUGUGCGGUUGAACCGCUUGCAGCUGAUCCCAGAGCUGCUGGAGCAUUGGGAUGGGGAUUGUCAAGGUUGUGAGGAGACUCCUUUGGGCGUCGCAGCAGCAGAGGGCAAUCUGGAAGCCAUCAAGAUGCUCAUGAAGAGCCCGCAAGUGGGAGUGGACACGAUGGAUGCAAAUGGCUGGUCGCCACUCGUUCGGGCCACGCAACAUUGCAAUCCGUCGGUGGUGAAACAUCUGGCAGAUAGCAAGAGCAACGUCGUGAACCUCUUCAUGCCCAACACCACGUGCUUGACUCCGUUGCUCUCGAUCUUUGCGUGCAACCGGGGAGACAAAGGGAGCCGACCUUGCCGGACCACAGACGAUGAGACGGCUUACCUUAGAAGUCCUCAUGUGGUCCAGCUCAUCAAGGUUUUGCAAGAUGCUGGUGCGAACCUCUCUGUAGCAGCUCAGGGCGACUGCAAACCGCAGGCAGCGCUCGUGAAGGCCAUCCAAUGUGGAAAUCUUCUGGCGGUGCCGCGUCUGCUAGAGCUUGGGGCAGAUCCCAACAGGGGAGGCCAAUACGAAGGCGGCAAGGUGAGCCGACCUCUCAUGGUCCUUGCCGAUGAGCACUUGGAGUACGAAAAUAUCGACUCGACAAAGUUCGCCGAGCUGGCAAAGCUUUUACUAGAUGCUGGCGCCGAUGUGAACUGGAGAGGAGGAGAAUAUGGCUCGACCGUUUUGAUGCAGGCGGCGGGCAAAUGCCGGGCUGGCGCGGUGAAGCUCCUCCUGGAACAUGGUGCGGAUCCUGCUGUGGAGGAUGACGAUGGAGCCACAGCCAUGGAUUACAUAGACCCAGAAUAUCUCACAGAUGAAUGUGAAGAGGACGAAAAAGGUUUCGAUGAAACUCACCGCCUGUUGGAGCAGCACAGGUCAAGAUGA